UUCUAAGGGUCUUGUCAGUGAGACACUCGAGAACUUUUUGGAAACAGCUCUGGCUGGCUCACUCAUCUCUGUUGGGUUCAUCAUCGUGUUUCUGCAGGAUCAAAGAAGUGGACUGUUUGGUGAAGAAUGCUGUCAGAAGGAUAUCUCAGUGGACUCGCUCACUGGAAAGACAUCCAAUGGAAUUGUACAUCUUACAAUGAGCCAGUUGCUGGGGAACAAGAUGAGGAGACAACUGCUGCUCUUUCCUUUUCUUCUGUGGAUGAAAAGCAAGUCCGAAGUCUUUUUGUGAGCUGCAAAUCCUCUCACAAGUUUAUUUCUUCAGUGCGUUCAAGAGAGAGCCAGCACAGCAGAUGCCAGAGUGUAACAGUGUUGCAGACAAACCCCAACCCUGUGUUUGAAAGUCCUAACUUGACAGCAAUUGACAUAUGCAGAGACUCCAGCAGGGAAACCUACUUGGUUCCACCUUCUUGCAAAAGUAUUUGCAAGAAUUACAAUGACUUACAUAUUGCAGGGGAUCAGGUGAUGGCCAUUAACUCAGUGACAGCAGAUUUUCCUUCUGAGAGCAGUUUUGAAUAUGGCCCUUUGCUGAGGUCAUCUGAGAUUCCUUUGACCAUGGAGGAUUCCAUUUCCACUCAUCCCAGUGACUUUCCCCAAAAACCUGUCCAGCGAUACUCAUCCUACUGGAGAAUAACCAGCAUCAAAGAGAAAAGCAGCCUGCAAAUGCAGAAACCUAUUUCAAAUGCAAUGCUGAAUGAGUACUUGGAGCAGAAAGUGGUGGAGUUAUAUAAGCAGUAUUUCAUGGACAGGGUGUUUCAUGACAGUUCUCCUACCCAGAUUCUGGCAUCAGAGCUCAUUAUGACAAGUGUAGACCAAAUUAGUCUUCAAGUGUCUAGAGAGAAGAACCUGGACACCUCCAAAGCCAGGGAUAUACUCCUUAGCCGCCUAUUGCAGUUGGCAUCAACUGAGAUCAGCACUCCUAGUCUCCAUAUUUCUCAGUAUAGCAAUAUAACUCCAUAGAGAAGAGCUUUCCAUUCCUCUCCGUUCUGAGACCCAAAGCAAUACUGUAUUCAUUUAUUCAGAGAAUGUGCAGGAGGGCGUGGUGGAAGGGAGUUAAGGGCUAGCGAAGGAAAGGUUGAGAAAUCUUACAAUAUUAUACAUGCUGCAGGAAUACAGGAAGAGAAACUACGAAGAACAAUUUCACAGGCAGGUUUACACAAAAACAAGGUAAAAAUAAAAGAGAAAGACAGAGAGAGAGAGAGAGAGAGAGAGAGAGAGAGAGAG